GACCUCGUUAUAAAAUUCUCUUCUUUUUUAAACUCCUGUUGCAUUGCAAGGAGGAGCUGGCAGGUGUUUAGCUCCACUAUGGCAGGUAAAGCUAAAUGCUGCUGCAAGCUACUUCAUACUGAAGCAGUCAUUUUGCUCCUGUUCUCUAUGGUCUCUGUUGUACCAUGCUUUACUUUGCGGAAUCUACGUGAAAAUGUUCAACAAGGCCAGGUUGUUAGUAAGGCAACAGAGCAUGCAGUAAGGACAGGGAUAGUCAUGUUUAAUGACAAAGAGUUCACUUCAGACUCAGAAUCUUCCCCUGCACCUGCAGGUGGUGAUGGCACAGCCAGUGUUGAAUCCAGCGGAUCAGAAAAAACAGAAAAUUCCAUUCAGAUGUCACAACUGCAGGAGGCAGCAUGGAGAAGCCUGCACCCGGCACUGCACUGUGGUGAAACCACGAUGAAAUUCAGAGCCAUGGGACCUGGUGCUACUGAUUUGCAGCUAGACACAGGCAAAGAAUACACUCUUCCUUUGAACCUGGUUCCUGAAACAUGUGGCUACUCGAUGCGUCAGAAUGCACUUGGUCUCGUUUUGGUGGUUCCAUAUGAUGGCUGCAGGGUUCUGCAAGAGAAUGGAAACUAUGUGUUGCUACUGAGAUGGUUGGAUAAUACAGUUAAACUCGUCUGUCCCAUCUCGCAAAGCCCUGAUGAAACACCUGAGUCAAUGAAACCUCACCUCCACCUUCCUCCUCAGGAACUUGCUUCCCCUGACAAGCCUUUGACCUCAAACCGCCAAAAACGGCAGCUCACGGAGCCCUUAUCAGCUUACGAUCCCAAUGACCCAAAUUAUCUAUACUGGUAUUACUACUAUUACUACUACUAUUAUUAUUACUAUUAUUAUUAUUUGUAUUUGGCCCAAAACUAUCCAUAUUACUAUAACUACCCUUAUUACUAUCCUCUUCCUACCCCUACCUCUGUGCCACCUGUCACUCCAAAUACCACUGCCACCCCACCCCCUGCCACCAGUACUACCGCGUCCACAGUAGUCCCGACAGCACCUGGUUUCACUCUCCCUGAUGUUCCUGACAACGGGGUCUUCUACUACCUGCCAGUCAUCCAGAACUACUACGGAAACACUCCAUACCAAACAAUGCCGACCCCUACUCCACAGACUACAGAGGGCUACGACUGGACUACGAGUGAACCAGAUGCUGCCACCAUCACUGUGACCCCUGACCCCACCACACAGACAACUAAAAGAUGUACCAAGAAAACAACCAGCGGUACGAGCUAUGAAAAUCCCAGUCCUUAUGUUGAGUACCAAGAUAACCCUUUCAGUUCAGUCAUUUCUUAUGCCCGUAGCAAGGGCGGACCACUUCCAGAUUUCCAUAGAUAUAUGCCAGAAGCCAGUUACAAAUCUGGACUCCAUGCUGGAACAUAUCCUGACUUCAGUGAGUUAGCCGCACCGUGGUUCCCUUACCAUACUGGAAAUGAAAAUAUUCCUGCUUGAAGUACUGCAGCCAAAACAAGCAUUUUCAGGAGCUGUGCUGUUAAACCAAUGGUCAAUAAAUGUUUUACAUGGAA